AUGGAGAGCCAGAACUUUACGCACGGACCCGUUUCCACAAAUGAGACUCAGAUAAACGCUUUACCGAUUUUUAUGUUUGCCGGAGGAGCAAUUGGGAAUUUAAUUGCAAUAAUCGUCCUUUCGGUAUCAAGACAGGAGAGGAAAUCUUCAGCUUUCUACACGCUGGUGUGCGGUCUGGCGGUGACUGACUUGCUGGGCACGUGUCUGGCCAGUCCGCUCACCAUAGCCAACUUCCUGGACCCUAAUGUGCUGAAGGACCAACGUCUCUGCGAGUUUCACUCCUUUUUGUUGCUGUUUUUCGGUUUAACAGGACUGAGCAUCAUCUGCGCCAUGGCAGCAGAGCGGUACCUGGCUAUAUGCUGCCCGUACACCUACGAGCGGUGGCGGGUGAACCGACGCUUUGCGCAAAAGUUCCUUUUCUUCAUUUACAUCAGUCACAUCUUCUUCUGCUGCCUCCCGGCGAUGGGCAUGUCCAGGAGCGAGGUGCAGCGGUCUGGCACGUGGUGCUUCAUCAACUGGGGGAAACACGAGCCCGUACCCGCCUCUUACUCCGUCAUGUACGGCGUCGUGAGCCUGCUGCUCAUCCUGGGCACCAUCGUGCUGAACCUGGCGGUGUGCGGAGCGCUGCUGCUGAUGCGGCAGAGGACCGCGCAGCGGCCCGUCACCAGGGCCAGCGUCCGGCAGAGGUGGAGGGCUCUAUCCUCGGCUGCAGAGACGCAGAUGAUCGCGGUGCUGGUGACGACCUCCGUGGUGGUUCUGGCCUGUUCAGCUCCGUUGGUGGUCCGUUUGUUUGCCAACCUCAUGAUGAAUAAAUACCCUGACGCUGACCUGGCUGCCAUCCGGAUAGCCUCUGUGAACCCCAUCCUCGACCCCUGGAUCUACAUCCUCCUCAGGAGGUCCUUGUUUCGGCGGUUACUCCGUUUAUCCAGGCGAGGGAGGAGCACUCGCAGGAGUUCAUCUCCUGCAACACAAAGGAACCUGUUUCAUCCCGAACUCAUGAGGGAAAGCCACGUGUUCACCCAGCUGAUGUGCAAUGCAAACAUCAUGACUCAGCUGCCUGCCACUGUCGAAUUCACUCCGCACAACGCAGAGAGCCUCUGCCAGUCUUAA